UAUCCAGCGCAAGAAACACGCAAACUCCCAUCCUGCUCAAAGAAAGAUAAAUCUCCGUCCGGGGACAAGGCUUUCUCGCAUAAAAUUCGGGCCUCUUUCAGGGAGCGGGCCAAAAUUACACAAACGAAGACCACCGAGGAUUUCAAUAGCCUGAUUAUCUUCAACAAUGGUGAUGUGGUGAUUGAACGGGUGAACGCGAACAUUUAUCACGCCUAUUACGUCUUGGGUGCAAAUAAAAUUCCAGCGGAAAAUAUAAUUACCUUUGCCUACGACGAUAUUGCAAAGCAUCUGAAAAAUCCAGUUAAAGGUAAAGUCUUUAAUGAUUACGAGCACGAAGAUGUGUACAAGGGUGUGGUAAUUGACUACCGUGGAAAAGCGAACAUUUAUCACGCCUAUUACGUCUUGGGUGCAAAUAAAAUUCCAGCGGAAAAUAUAAUUACCUUUGCCUACGACGAUAUUGCAAAGCAUCUGAAAAAUCCAGUUAAAGGUAAAGUCUUUAAUGAUUACGAGCACGAAGAUGUGUACAAGGGUGUGGUAAUUGACUACCGUGGAAAAUUGGACAAGGCCGCUUACGGUACAACUCGGUUUCUGCAACGUUUGACGAACCCCGUAUAUUUGGGGAAUAUUAUCAUCAGGUAUUCAUUUCCAGGGCUUCUUGUCGUGCCUUCUCGUGCGCGAUGGCGCCAUCCAAAACCACCCUUCAAGACAACCGUAACCUUCCUGUUUACUAACAGCGGUCCUGAUGACAACAUCUUCAUCUAUUACACUGGCCAUGAUGGGGUUCCCAGUAUUUCCUUCCCAAGUGGAGCACUCGAUGCCGCGGAGUUCAGCGAGAUUCUCGUCUACAUGUAUGCAAACAAAAUGUACAAACAUAUGGUGCUCUACAUGGAUGCUCGCUUCUCUGGCUCUAUCUUCCACGAUAUUCUUCCUUCAGAUGUGGGAAUCACCCGAAAAUCAAACAUGGUCCGCUUAGAUGUGCGAGAAAUAUUUUAUAGUUUAUCGAUAAUCUCACGAAACUAUUCCAAUCGAUUCUCCCAGCUUAGCCACGUCGUCAAGGAGACAUUUCACGACAUCGUCAUGGAUGUGGCAACCCAUCAUAAGCGAACGAUACAGGGCUUGUCCAAGAGGGAUGAGCUCACGUGUUACAAGGGAGUAUUCGAUCAAUUCCAGGCGCACUGCUUCACAAUUCAGCAGGUCGUCGAGGUGAUUCAGUACUUAACUCAUCUGAUGGAGCUGCGCAAAGCCGGAUAUGAGGCCGAAAUCCUCAUCGAGUCUUUCUACAGCGUCUGCUCC